AGCAAACCCGGAGAGAGAGAGAGAGAGAGAGAGAGAGAAAAAAAACCCUAAUUCCUCGAGAAAUCUUCCCCCUUUUUUCCUCUCUUUGAUUUUAAUUUUCAACAAUGGAGAAAAAAUCAGCGGCGGCCGUCACACUCACCGAAGAAGAGCAAGCGGAGAGCGUCUUCAACAUGUUCGACAAAAACGGCGACGGAAAAAUCUCCCGAACCGAACUCGGAGCCAUCCUCAGCAGCCUCGGAUCCUCCACCUCCGCCGCCGACGCGGCGCGCCUGAUGUCGGAGCUCGACAAGGACGGCGACGGAUUCAUCGAUCGGAGCGAGUUCAGGGCCUACAAACUCGGCGGCGCAGGCGGCGACGGCGAGGAGCUGAAGGAGGCGUUCGCCUUGUACGACAAGGAUAAGAACGGCAAGAUCUCCGCCACCGAGUUGCACUCGGUGCUCACGAGUCUGGGGACGAAGUGCUCCGUCAAGGAUUGCCGGAAGAUGAUCGCCUCCUUCGACGUCGACGGCGACGGCUGCAUGAACUUUGACGAGUUUAAGAAGAUGAUGACUCGGACUUCGUGAUCCGAUUUCUCUCCAAAAUUAAUUAGCUGCUAAUUAGGAUUUAAUUUUUGUUUCUGUAUAGUUAUUUCCAUUAAUCUGGAAUUAGAAGAAAACUGCUGAAUUCUCUAACAGAAAAUAAAAAAUAAAAAAUUAAUGGAAAUAUUUUAAUAAUAUUUUUAAUUGUUUUAGUAUUUGUGAUUGGGCGUGGAUUUAGUUUAAUUUAAUUAAUAAUAGUUACUGUUGGGGUAGUUGAAUAGAUGGCAUUAUCAUUGAACGCGUGAUAUAAAGAAACGCGCUUGUAAUUAAUAAUAUUUGUGGCUUUGAUUUAUUU